AUGAGCCUCAGCAGUCAAAAUGCAGGAGACAAGGCUUCCAUUCGCCAAGCAAAUAAGCUUGUUCUAUCACUCGACAGCGGGUCCAAGCUUACCCACGCAGAUGGUGCAUGGCUGAAGUGCGAUUUGACAGGCUGCUCGACGCAAGAGGUUGCUCCGGAGGCAGAGUUCCGGUUGGUUCAAGGGGAGGGGUGGCGUGUGGCUUAUGAGGCAUCACCCAACUCAACUGACAGUUUUGCUGCUUCGGUCGGCGGAGAGGGAUGGAGUCUGGCGAUGAACGCCAGGGAGUACCAUGACUUCUGCCAGCUCCUUAGGGCCGUGCGAGCGUCUAUCCUUCGCCUUGAUCCCGCCGACGUUCAAGAGCCCCUCCAGAUCCAGGCACGUGGAUCGCAUAUCUGGCUCGAGGCCACUGUCCCGGCUGCCGGGCUACUACCAGAUCUCUGCGCUGCCCUCAACGGGUCGUUGGAUGGGUCCGAUCAGGCGGCGGGCUUCGAUCUUCGUUUUGGUCUAAUUUCGGCUCAAUCUGGCGCCGUGGGGGGCAGAGCAGCAGCACAGGUGGCGCAUUGGCCAGCACCCGUGGUGGCCGACGCAUUGCAGAGCGCCGGGGAGCUGUUUGGAGUGCCGCAUGGCGGUCAGAGCGACGAACAGGAUGAGGCUCGGCGGGUAGCGGCGGGCGUGUUCGUGGCGUCGUUGGAGUCCACGUCAGACACGGAGUCGCUCGUGUCCCUCGAGGAGCAGCUGCACCACAUGCGGCAAGAGCUCGCCGCCGCGCGCGCGCAGGUGCGCGCGUCGGAGGCACGCGUGCGGCAGACACUGGACCGAAUGGCGGAGCUGGAGUCGCUUGUGCAGACCACGCGCGUCGUCGACCCUCUUCCCAGGGAAUCCAGCAGCAGCCAGGGGGAUGCGGCGGAGGGUAGCGCGCCGAGUGCUAGCACAGGGCGAGCGGAGGGGAGCCUGGCGGUAGUGGAGAAGGCGGAGGCCAUCCUGGCCGCGGAGCCCGCGGAGCUGCAGAGCGCCGCUGAGACAGCGGCUUCCCAGGGGCGCGUGGCGAAGGGGAAGCGGAAGGGGAAGGCCCCGCGGCGCACGAAGCUGGACACGUCGGGGCCGCUGCCCAAGUACGCGGAGACGCUCAAGAACUUCUGGUUCCCCGUCGCCUUCUCCAAAGACGUCGACGCCUCCACGCUGAUUCCGUUUGACUGCUUUGAGGAGCCGUGGGUGGUGUUCAGAGGCCCAGACGGCAAGCCAGGGUGCAUCCGGGAUGAGUGUGCGCACAGGGCAUGCCCUCUCUCCAUCGGCACUGUGGUGGACGGCCACGCUGUCUGCCCCUACCACGGGUGGGAGUUCAACCCGAGUGGCAAGUGCACCAAGAUGCCGUCCACGCGCCUCACGGACGUGCGAGUGCGAGCGCUGCCAUGUGUGGAGCACGAGGGCAUGAUCUGGGUGUGGCCUGGCUCUGCCACGCCCACUGAAACCCUGCCCUCCACCAUGCCGCCCCCCUCCUACACCGUGCACGCUGAGAUAGUGAUAGAGCUGCCAGUGGAGCACGGGCUGCUGGUGGAGAACCUCCUGGACCUCGCCCACGCGCCCUUCACUCACACCACCACCUUUGCCAAGGGCUGGUCCGUCCCCAGCCUGGUUCGCUUUAAGUCGGCAGCAGCGCAGGCGCUGCAGGGCCACUGGGACCCGUACCCCAUCGCUAUGGAGUUCCGCCCGCCCUGCAUGGUGGUGUCCACCAUCGGGCUCGUCAAGCCGGGCCAGCUGGAGGGGCAGGCCAGUGCGCAGGAGUGCACGCAGCAUCUGUUCCAGCUGCACGCCUGCCUGCCGUCGUCACGCGGCAAGACACGACUGCUCUACCGCAUGGGGCUUGACUUCGCCCAGUGGGUCAAGUUUGUGCCCUUCAUCGACAGAUUGUGGAAAUCCUUGGCUAACCAGGUGCUGGAUGAGGACUUGCGUUUGGUUGUAGGGCAGCAGGACAGGAUGAGACGUGUGACUGUUGCGUCGCCUCAAACGUCAGCUGCGCGGCGUCGUCCGAGUUUAGCGCUCACGCCCUCCGACUUUUCCUUGGCGUUCGUCGCGUCAUCGUUUGCAUCUCGCGAUUCAUCGCUUACGGCUCUCGUUUCGUUGCGAGCUCGUCUGGUUCGAGGUCUCUUUCGCAUGAUCCACGCCGUCAGUCGCUUCUUCCCUUCCCAUUUCCUCCUACCCUCGACGGUCGCUAGCUCGCGAACUGUCGCAAGCCUCGCACAUGCGUCGCCGUUCGCACAUGCGUCACGAGUUCCGCCGUUUUGUCUCUUCCCUUUCCGCAUCUUCCCCUCCCGCCGCCCGCAGCGGCGCAAGCUGGUGGAGCGGCUGGGGCCCGUAUGGAGCGACGUCGAGCUGCGCGCCUUCUACCGCCUGCUGCGCGCCGAGGGGAAGAACUGGCGCAAGGUGGUGGCGGAGCUACCCGGGCGAACGGAGGAGAUGGCAGAGGCGCUCUUCAACAUGAACAGGGUCAGUCCCACCCCACCUGCCGCGCGCCCUCACGUGCACCGUGUACGAUGA